AUGACUGACCAGGGCAACAACAACAACCACAACAUCUCCUGCAAUCCCUUCGCUGCCCUCUUCAGCUCACUGGCUGACGCCAAGCAGUUUGCGUCAGCUCAAAAGUCUACAUCUCUAACUACAGGACCCCCACAAGAUGACUCCGGGGAGAGCCAAUCAGAGUCUGAGAACUCCGUGUCGGACAGCGUUGACGACAAUGACGACUCUGUGGCAGAGAUAAGCCGAUCCUUCCGAUCCCGGCAGGAACUGUGCGAACAACUCAAUGUUAAUCACAUGAUCCAGCGAAUAUUUCUCAUCACCUUGGACAACAGUGAUCCUAGUCUGAGGGGGGGCAAUGGCAUUCCACCUCGCUGUGUUUACCUGGAAGAGAUGGCAGCUGACUUGGAUGGGCAGGAUUGGCUGGACAUGGACAACAUAGAGCAGGCACUGUUUAAUCGUCUGUUGCUGUUGGAACCGGGAAACCACCUCAUCUACAUGACGUCAUGCAGCGGCGUGAACCUGUCGGCUGACCGUGAUGCGGGAGAAAAAUGUGCCAUUCCAUACCUAUUUGCUUGUUAUCAGAGGGCAAAAGAAGAGGUGACCAAGGUCCCAGAGAAGUUAUUACCAUUCUCUGUACGCUGCAAAAACCUGACAAUCUCAAACACGCGCACAGUUCUGCUCACCCCAGAGAUCUACGUCAACCAGAGUGUGUACGAGCAACUUCUGGACCUGCUGCUGGAUGCCUACAGUAGAGGACAUCCAGAGGAGGUGGUGGAGUUUCUCGAAGAGGUGAUUGCAGGCUUGCUCUCUGACCAAGAAGUGCGGACCUUCGCCGAAGUGAUGUUUCCAGUAUUUGACAUCUUCCAGGGUAGAAUAAAAGACAUGGAUCUUUGUCAACCAGUCUUCUACUUCUACUUGGAUGUGCUUCUCUACUUCAGCUACAAUAAAGACAUUGCCAAGAUACUGAUGGAGCACAUUCAGCCCAAAGAUCCGGCUAAUGGCUUGCUGUACCAGAAGAGCCUUUUGGGAACCGUGUUGAAUGUGUCUUGUUUGCUGAAAACACCGGGAGUUGUGGAAGGACAUGGCUACUUCCUUAAUCCUUCCAGGUUAAGCCCUCAGGAAACUAAGGUUCAGGAGGCGAGCAUCCACCAGUUUAUGGGCCAGUUUCACGACAAGUUGCAUCAAAUGUUUAAAUCCUUGCUCCAGCGGUCGAGUGAGACACGCCAUCUGCUGCUGUCAUGGUUGGGCGACUGCCUGCACGCAAACGCAGGCCGGGCCAAGAUUUGGGCCAAUCAAAUGCCGGAGAUCUUUUUUCAGAUGUAUGCCUCGGAUGCGUUCUUCUUGAAUUUAGGCGCAGCUCUUCUGAGGCUGUGCCAGCCCUUCUGCCGGCCACGUUCACCCAAAUUGCUAACGUUUAACCCCACGUAUUGCGCAGUCAAAGAUUUAACUGAAGAGGACAGACGUAUACGCAAUGUGCAUGCGAGAGGGCUUGACAAGGAAACCUGUCUGACCCCCAUGCCAUCCCAGCCCAUGCAGGAGCCCUUAGUGGAGUCUUACAGCUUGCUGACGGAAAACCUCGUCCUCACACAGCUCACCCUGCAUCUCGGCUUUCACAGACUAUACGAACAGCUGGUCAAGAUGAACCAGUCACUCCACCGCCUUCAGGUGACGUGUGAAGAGGCCCAUCGCACACGAAACCCAAUGAUGGAGCAGCUCUUGGAGCAGUUUCAGCGCCUGAUGAUUGUCUUCCUGUCAACCAAAGCUGCUGCCACACAGCCCACCAUGCUGCAAUGCUGCCUUAACCUUCAAGCGUCAACUGCUUCUUUGCUCGUUCAGCUCGCUAUGGGAAACGAGGGCCCCGAACAUGUAGCACUCAGUUUUCCGCUGCCCUCUGGGCAGAAUACCAUGCUUUGCUUUAUCCCAGAGUUUUUUGCAGAGAAUUUGGGAGAUUUUUUCAUCUUCCUGCGCCCAUUUGCCGAUGAGGUUUUGGAGUCCUCAGCAGAAUGUUUGGAGCAGAUUCUCAACUUCAUCACUGUAUUCAUGGGUAAUGAAGAGAGAAUGAAGAAUCCUCAUUUAAGAGCUGAGCUGGCAGAGGUCUUAGAGGCAGUGAUGCCACAUAUGUUGCCUCUGGCACCUGGCACUCCUCAGCCAAUCGUCUUCCUGCGACAGAGAGUCUUUUGCUCUUACAAAUAUGCACCUCAGUUGGCCGAAGCCCUCAUCACUGUGUUUGUAGACAUUGAAUUUACAGGUGAUCCUCAUCAGUUCGAACAGAAGUUCAAUUACAGAAGACCAAUGUAUCCCAUCCUCAAGUUUAUGUGGGGUGAAAAUAACUACAGGGAGAGUAUAAAGCAUUUGGCCGACUAUGCAUCCAGGAACCUGGAGGCCAUGAAUCCUCCUCUGUUCCUCAGGUUCCUUAACUUGUUGAUGAACGAUGCCAUUUUCCUUUUAGAUGAGGCUAUUCAGUACCUGAGCAAAAUCAAGAUCCUGCAGCUGGAGCGGGAUCGAGGGGAGUGGGAUGAGCUAGCUCCCGAUGCCCGAAGGGAGAGAGAUUCAAGCCUGCAGAUGUUUGGACAGCUAGGCCGCUUCCACAAUAUCAUGUCUAAUGAGACAAUCGGCACACUGGCUUUCCUCACUUCAGAGAUCAAGAGGAUCUUUGUACACCCUUUCCUGGCAGAGAGGAUCAUAUCCAUGCUCAACUACUUCCUGCAGCACUUGGUUGGACCUAAGAUGGGUGCUCUCAAAGUGAAGGACUUCAGCGAGUUUGACUUCAAGCCCCAACAGCUGGUGUCUGACAUCUGCACCAUCUACCUCAACCUGGGAGAUGAGGAGAAUUUCUGUGCCACCGUCCCAAAGGAUGGACGAUCGUACUCUCCUACCCUCUUUUGCCAAACUGUGAGGGUACUGAAGAAAAUCAACAAACCUGGGGACAUGAUUGUGGCUUUUGGACUCCUUGCUGAUAAAAUAAAGUCCCAUGCGGAUCGACAGCAACAGGAAGAGGAGACGUAUUUAGAUGCCCCGGAAGAGUUUUUAGACCCAAUCAUGUCCACUCUGAUGCUGGAUCCUGUUCUUCUUCCUUCUUCCAAUGUUACGGUCGACCGCACCACGAUAGCAAGGCAUCUCCUCAGUGACCAGACGGACCCGUUCAACCGCAGUCCUCUCACCAUGGACCAGAUCAGGCCAAACGAGGAGCUGAGACAACAAAUCUUAGAGUGGCUUGAUAAGCAUAAGCAGGAGCGGCUGCAACUGGGAGCAAGUGACCAGACUUGA